GUCGCUCGAGCGCUGGACCGCGGCUCUGCUGACGGGACUCCCAUCCUCGGCGCGCGCUCGUGUUGCUCGUGUUGCCAUCAUGCAGUCGGAAUUAAACGCGGAAUAUCGGACCGGACAAGGAUUUCUUGCAGCUUAGAUCUGACAGUGCAGCUUAUACAACCGUGCGGUAAAGGAUACGAAGAGAGGGAGAGAGAGAGAGAGAGAGAGGAAUAGAUAGAAAGAGAGAGAGAAGAGAGGGACGUAGUUAUUUUUUAUUUCUCCUUUCUGUUUUUGUGGGUUUCUGCGGGAUGAAAUGGAUGAUGGUGCAGAAAGACAGAGUUACAAAGCGCAUCGGUGCGCAUGAAGCUUAACGAUGCAGAAUGGACACGUUUCCACUGAUCAAGGUAAAAGAGUGACCCAAUGAAGUGGAGUAUAACCUUGUCAGAGUGCCGAUAUAGAAGUCACCUUGGCUCCUUCUUUCAAGAGCAGAAGGAGAGAAAGCGAGCGAGAGAGACAAAGGGAGAGAUAGAGCGACGCCUCUUAUUGUUUGUGCACAGCAGGGAGGCAGGGAGGUAAGACAGUGAGGUGAGACGGCGCUUGUGCGUUCAGAAGCUUAAACGGGCCUUGUGACAGAAUCCUACUGUAUCUAGGCCUUUGUACAUGAUCUACCAUGGCCAAAGUGUUCUGCAGUCUCCUGCUUCUGGGAACUACAGUGAUGACAGCCACUGCAUGCCCCAAGUACUGUGUCUGCCAGAACCUGUCUGAGUCUCUAGGCACCCUGUGUCCUUCUAAGGGCCUGCUCUUUGUCCCGCCUGACAUUGACCGUCGGACUGUCGAGCUGCGUCUGGGAGGGAAUUAUAUUAUCAGGAUUACGCAGCAGGAUUUUGUCAACAUGACAAGUCUUGUGGACUUGACACUUUCCCGGAACACCAUAAGCUCCAUCCAGCCUUUCUCUUUUGUGGAUCUUGAGACUCUACGCUCGCUCCAUAUGGACAGCAACCGCCUAAAAGAGCUUGGCUCAGAUGAUCUGAGAGGUUUGGUUAACUUGCAGCACCUCAUUCUAAAUAACAACCAGCUGGGUCACAUCUCCAAAGAGGCCUUUGAUGACCUGCUUCUAACACUGGAGGAUUUGGACCUGUCCUACAACAACCUGCGGAGUGUACCCUGGGAGGCCGUUCGCAAGAUGCUUAACCUGCACCAGCUCAGCCUUGACCACAAUCUCAUCAAUCACAUUUCGGAGGGUACUUUCACAGACUUGGACAAGUUGGCCAGGCUUGACCUAACGUCAAAUCGGCUCCAGAAGCUUCCACCAGAUCCGAUAUUUGCACGUUCUCAGAGCAAUGCGGUACUGAGUACUCCAUAUGCCCCUGUGCUGUCUCUAAGUUUCAGUGGAAACCCCCUUCAUUGUAAUUGUGAAAUUUUGUGGUUGCGACGGCUCGAGCGCGAGGAUGACAUGGAGACUUGCGCGUCUCCUCCGAAUCUAAAGGGGCGCUACUUUUGGUAUGUGCGUGAGGAGGAGUUUAUCUGUGAGCCGCCUUUGAUUACUCAGCAUACUCACAAACUUCUGGUGCUUGAAGGACAGACAGCCAGCCUACGCUGCAAGGCCGUGGGUGACCCCAUGCCUUAUAUACACUGGGUGGCUCCUGAUGACCGACUUAUAAGUAACUCAUCACGAGCCACUAUUUAUGAGAAUGGCACCCUGGACAUCAUGGUCACUUCAGCCAAGGAUUAUGGCACCUUCACUUGCAUUGCCUCUAACGCUGCAGGAGAAUCCACAGCCUCAAUUGAACUCUCCAUCAUUCAGCUGCCUCAUCUCAGCAACGGUACAAACCGUACCUCACAGCCCAAGUCCAGGCUGUCUGACAUCACCAGCUCCACAAAAACCAGUAAAGGGGAGACCAAACCCCAGCCAGAACAGGUGGUAUCUGUGUCAGAGGUCACAUCUGUCUCUGCCCUGGUUAAGUGGACAGUGAGCAAAACAGCUCCCAAGGUGAAAAUGUACCAGCUCCAGUACAACUGCUCAGAUGAUGAGGUCCUGAUUUACAGGAUGAUACCAUUCGCCAGCAGAGCCUUUGUGGUCAACAACCUGAUGCCGGGGAUGCAGUACGACCUGUGUGUGCUCGCCGUCUGGGACGACACGGCCACCACCCUGACCGCCACCAACAUAGUGGGCUGCGUUCAGUUUGUGACUCGUGACGACUAUCCUCGCUGCCAGUCCCUUCACAGGCAGUUCCUCGGGGGGACUAUGAUCUUGGUGAUCGGCGGUGUGAUCGUGGCGACUCUCCUGGUCUUCAUUGUCAUCCUCAUGGUGCGCUACAAAGUGAGUAGCUCUUCCCAAGUCGCCAAGCUUGUAUCAGUCAGCAACACUUACUCUCAAACCAAUGGUGGAAUGCAGGCAGCGCAGUUGGUCAGUGGGGCUCCUCUACCUCCGGCCCCUAAAGCCAUAGUUGUGAUGCAUGAUGAGGUAGUAGAGUUUAAGUGUGGCUCUUUGCAAAGCAGCCUCUCUUCCACUUCCUCAACAGACACGAUCGGCUGCGAGAAGGUGGGGCGGUACGACCCGUGUGCCGAGUCCAGCACUGGAGCUCACAGAUGGAAGCACGCUCCAGCUAAAACAAGGGCAAAUCUAGACCACCUGCUUGGCGCUUUUGCUUCUCUGGACAUAAAAGCUCCAGCCAGAGAUCCAGGUAACCGUUCCUCUACAGGGGCCAUCAUGGCCGACAUUCUUUCAGACAAGGAGCCACUGCUGGGCCGUGGGGACUCCAGGCUGGGCCGUUUACUCAGGCUGCCGCUGGAGAGCAAGCCCAAGCGCAGUCACUCUUUUGACAUGGGUGAUGUUGGUGCUUCGCAGUGCCUUAGCUACCCACAGCGUAUCAGCAACAUCUGGACUAAAAGGAGCCUGUCAGUGAAUGGCAUGCUGCUGCAGUGCGACGAGAGCGAGGGGGAAGGAGAUAAAGGGACACUUGACAGCUCUGAAUGGGUCAUGGAGAGUACAGUCUGAUUAAUGGCCAAGACUUCUGACUCAUCUUUUGUCAGAAAAGGCCAGACUUUUGGCAUCUAUCCUGUUUGGAGGAAAGCAAAUGAGCUGAAUUUUCAAAAGAAGAGGGACUCGUAGGACCAGAUUGAUAGGAUAUGUACUGCAUGAACUCCCAUGUUAAUGACUUUGUCAUUCUGUCCAUUUGAUCAAAAUACAAACUCCGGGUUGACAUUAUGAGCAUAUGAAUGAGGGACCUCGCAACAGCGAUGCCUGGCCGCUAUCGCUGGAGCCUGAACCUGAGGCUCUCACUGACUUCGUUUGCAAUUUGAGGACAGAUGUGGAUUGGAUUACAUAUCUGAUCAUGAAUGAUGUAUGAGAAUCUCAGAGAAUUUUUUUUUUUCUUUCUCAAGUAAGUCGAUGUGCACAAAUUACACAAAAAACUAAAUGUGUGCAUUUCAUUUGAUGAAAA